AUGAGUAACUUCUUGACGACAGUUAACCAACGGACGAGGAAUCAGUUCAGGCCUCGCGCUGGCGGCAAAGGCGGUGCCACCAGCUACCAACUUCGUCAAUAUGCCGAGGCGACCCUUGGCGGGGGGAGUCUUCGCAAGGUGGUGAAGCUUCCUGAGGGCGAGGAUGAGAAUGAGUGGUUGGCCGUCAACAUGGUCGAUUUCUACAAUCAGAUCAACCUGCUAUAUGGUGCCAUCACCGAGUUCUGCUCUCCUCAGUCAUGUCCCGAGAUGAAGGCCACGGAUGAGUUUGAGUACUUGUGGCAAGACUCGGAGAACUACAAGCGACCAACGAAGAUGCCAGCGCCGGCCUACAUUGAGCAGCUCAUGACUUGGGUUCAGAGCAAUAUUGACAAUGAGUCUGUGCUUCCCAGCCGUAUCGGCGUUCCAUUCCCCAAGUCUUUCCCAGCUCUUGUGCGCCAAAUCUUCAAGCGCAUGUACCGUGUCUACGCGCACAUCUACUGCCACCAUUACCCAGUCAUCCGAGAGCUCGGCCUGGAACCCCACCUGAACACCAGCUUCAAGCAGUACGUCCUCUUCAUUGAUGAGCACAACUUGGCCAGCGGGAAGGACUUUUGGGGUCCUUUGGGGGAUCUGGUGGACAGCAUGUUGCGUAGUGACUAG